AGGGUAGGGUGUGCAGUGGCAUGGUGCUGAACGUUUGUUCAUACUGGAAUUCCCUCGGCAUUAUCCAGUUGCAGGGCUUUGCUUUACUUUCUUCCGAAGGGCCGCGGCGCAAAAGGAGAAGCCGAUUUCGAUGAUUUAUGUUAGGGCGAGCUGGUGGAAAUUUGUGACGCUCUCCUUGUAUAAACAAAGGACUUUAACUUGAUGUCUCCUGGCCGCUGGAAGCCCCCAAGCGCGAUGGGGGUGAAGGUGAGAACCUUCGGUAUCGUCUUCGACAGUGAGGAGCUGAGCAGCUACUCGAGCGGCGACCGGGUAGCGGGCCAAGUGCUGCUGGAGGCGAGCGAAGAGCUCGCCGUGUCUGUCUUGCGGCUGGAGGCGAAGGGCUGCGCCCGGGUCCACUGGAGCGAUAGUCCGGCAGCGCCAGGCGCCCCCGCGGCGCCCCGCUACCGGGACGAGGUGGUGUACCUGCAUCAGCAGCAGAUCCUGCGCCAGGCCCCAGAUGAUCAGGGAUACUUCAUUUUACAAACUGGAAAACAUGAAUUUCCAUUCACGUUUCAUCUUCCACAGGGGCCUUUGGUCACAUCCUUCAGUGGAAAAUAUGGCAGUGUUCAAUAUUGGGUAACAGCAAUACUGGAGCGGCCUGGUGUCUCAGAUCAAGUUGUGAAGAGAGAGUUCUCUGUGACAAGUCAAAUUGAUGUGAAUGUGCCGUAUUUCUUGUCUUCAGUGUCAAAGAGUAAAGAGAAGACAAUUGGUUGUUGGUUUUUUACCUCUGGACCAAUUUCACUAAGUGCCAAAAUUGAGAGAAGUGGAUUUUGUAAUGGUGAAGCAAUCCCAAUAUAUGCAGAAUUUGAAAAUUGCUCUUCACGCCUUAUAAUGCCAAAAGCUGCUAUUUUUCAAACCCAAACUUAUCUUGCAAAUGAGAAAACUAAGACCUUCAGGCAAGUGAUUGCAAAUGUCCGUGGAAACCAUAUUGCAUCUGGUAGUACUGAAUCGUGGAAUGGAAAGACCCUCAAAAUUCCACCAGUGAACCCAUCUAUCUUAGAUUGCAGCAUCAUCAGAGUGGAAUACUCUUUAGCUGUCUAUGUACACAUUCCAGGUUCUAAAAAGUUGAUGCUAGAGCUUCCUAUAGUAAUAGGAACAAUUCCAUAUAAUAGCUUUGGAAGCAGAACGCCUAGUAUUUGUGGUCAUUUCAAUAUGGAUAUGAGUUGGCUUCAACUCACCCUACCUGAGCAACCUGAAGCUCCACCCAACUAUGCUGAUGUUGUAUCGGAGGAAGACCUUGCCAGACAUUUUCCAUCUUUUCCACAAGCUGAUGGUUUGGAACAUGAAUUUGGAAGCUCCACAUUUGCUUACAUUCAGGAGUUCAGAUUUCAGCCACCACCAAUUUAUUCAGAGGUUGAUCCUAACCCUACCCUUUCUGAAGAAGUACAGCAUGAAGUGUCGUUUGAAAUUUGAAGAUUGUAACGUGAGAUUACAUGGUUUGUUAUGAGUGGAAGAAUGGAGCACCAUGGAGCUGCAGGAGGAACAUCUAAAAGGAAGUGAAUUAUGAACUGAGAAGGUGCAGAAGAAUUGGGUGGCAGAGGAAUGAGGAAGAAUGACAGAUAUUAAUCCUGCUCUGGGAAGCUGGAAAAGUGAAACUUUAAUCACUCUAAACACGACAGAAUAAUAGAAACUUAAUUUUUGAGUUGUAAACACUCAAUUUCAGACUUGCUGCUACUGUAGCAGCUAACAGUUGGUGAUGAUGCAGUCACUAACCAAUUACUAUAUUUGUUUUUUGAAGGAGAAAAGAAGCCUGAACAAUUGGUGUCUGCUUAUCUUUGGGAGAACCAACAACUAAUGUUUACGUUUGCAUAUCUGUGGCCCUGAAAACACCUACUGUGUUUUCUGGGAGUAUUCUUUGAUUAUUAAAAUUACUGCCAAUGUUACUUUAACUGAUGAGCAAAUGAAUAGCUUCAGUAAAUAAUUGCCAGUUCUGCAUUUGUAGUUACCAAAGAAUUUUUUUUUAACUUUCAUUUAAAAUUUGCAUUCAGUUGAUAUACUUGGGGUGCAUAAUCCACUUGUUGCCUUCACAAAUGCAGGCCAGCUGGGUAAAGAAAUAAUUUCCCAGCUCCAAGUACCAUCUGGAUAUUUGGAGUACAUGGGGACUAAAUGGUGGUGCUGUCUAUAAUAUUGAAAGAGAUACUCGGACAAUUGUAUAUGCUGAUCAAUUGUUCAUCACUAUUAAUGUCGUAAUACUGGCUUUAAUGCCAUGAUUUUUUUUGUGUGAAGGUAUUUGCAGGAGUUUUGUUUUGACUGAUACUUGCCAGUUGUUGACAAAGUACUGAAAUAGGGAUUGGUUGGUUUCCAAGGCAGUAUGUUGAAUUUGCAUGUAAAACUGGAUCCCUAAAUUAAUUGCAUGUAUUUGUAAACCAUCAACUUUUUUUGAAAGAGAAAGGCGAGCUGAAUCUUGAGCAAAGAAGUAUGACCUCUGCAUGUCUGCAAAGCUUUGCUGUCAUUUCUCAGAGUAAAGGACCACAAGUUUGUUUGAGAUUUUGGAAUGUACACAACUUACCUUAAAAAGAAAAGUACUUAUUUGAGUAGCAAUCUUGCAUUUAAUUUAUUUAUUAAAUACAUUACAGUAUUUCAUGUGGGAGCUUGAUACUAGUAAUUAUUACUCCCUCUUUCUCCAGCAUACUCUUCACUACUGUGUAGAAUUCCCAAUUUGAUCUCUAAUUCGGAAAUUUAAUGGUGCAAUAUUGUUUCUCAGGGUUUUGACUGUUGUGCACUCUUAUGUUUUUUUUAUUUCUUGUGUUUGUGAGCUUGGGAUGACAUCUUUUAUACUUGCUGAAGAAUCUUGAUGCUUAUUCCUAAUGUUACUUCUCAAUUGUUCAGUGCUGUCACUUAAUAGCAAAGAAAACUGGAUCUUCUUAUUAAGUUAAGAACCAUUCUGGCCAAUCAAGAAGUGAGAACUUGGGUAUCUUCAAUUGUAUUUUAUUAGCAAAAUAAGUUUGUUUUGAGUUCAUUAUGGAUUGUAUUUUACAUCUAACAAUUGGCAAGGUAUCUUUAAAUUUUUGAACCUUGUGUGGAAAUUCUGGAUCUAAAGUGAAACUACAAGAAUUUUGACUGUGACAAGUGUGGAAUCUAAUGUCUUAAAUCUAAUAUAAGCAAUGCACUUGGCUUUUGGAAAAUGUGAAAAUUUGAUUUGAAACUACUUACAAAAGUAAAAACACUAUAAUUUUAAGCAUUAUACAUGCCCUAUGUAGCUUUUUAUUUCCAUAUCUUUUCAUUAACUGUGGUGGGGAGUUCGGCAAUUAUUUGUAUCCCUGAAGUGGCCUUGUUUAUGUUAAGUCUUGGUUUAUCCUUAAGGAAUGGGAGCACUUAAAUGGAAUGAGAGACAAGCACAGAGGUGUUACUUUGAAUGUGAAAUUACUCAAUAAGCUAAAUGUGCUUUAUCCUUUGCCGUUAUAACUGUGACUUUUUCCAUUGUCCUCUUGCAACAAGAUGCAAAGAAGUGUAUUUUGUACUAUUUAAAUCAAAUGCGACACUUUAAUAAAUUUUUUUUGGAAAACUCGAGCUUGUCACCACUAACUAAAUUUAUGAACUUCAUCCUGUGAAAUCUGAUUACAGGGAAUGGAAGCCUUGCCUUCUGUAUUUUUUGUGAAAAGCUAUCAAUAACAUUUAUUUAAGCUUUCAUCAUUUCAACUGAUUUUAAAUACUGAACAUACUGGUCAUUGUAAGUUGUGCUGUGAUUAGGUUCAAAUCUAGGGUUGUUGGCAGCACAGCUCGAAGGGCCAGGAGGACCUAGUCCAUGCUCUAUUUCUAAAUAAAUACAUAAAUUGUAGUUGAUAUCUGUACAUACACAAUUCUACUUUACAUAUGCCUUUCAAGGCCUCUACACUGUUCCUAUUGAUACAUAAUAAAUAGUGGUUGUUGGUACAAACUGCUCUAAUAAUGAGUGGUUUAAAAACAAAACUGCUGAGACUGCUGAACUGCCUUACCACUUAAUGGGUCAAGCCCCAUCUUGCUGACUGUGACAUGUGAAACGUUCAGUGUAAAGAAACACUGUUGAACAUUUUCAAUGGGAAGAUGGAGGACUUUUAUUGAAAUAAGGUGGUUCACAUCAAUAUUCCAAAAGCUGCUAAGGACAGAAAGAACCGACAGCUGAAACAUCCUCCUCUUAUUACCAUAUUCAGAGGAGUGGCUGUCUGCAUAUACAUGAUCAGAACAAAGAUAAUCGCUGUGAUUGAGUUACUCGGUGGCAAAUUAGUUCCCAUGAUCUAAUUCUGGACUGGAAAUGCUGGGCUCCAUAUAUCUAUUAUCUCCCCUUUAUUAUAAUUCCAAUGGUGCACAGUUGAGAAUAUUGCUUCCAAUGCCUUGAACAACUUCAACUGUUUCUUAAGUCUUUCUAAUGAAUGUCAUGCUUCCUUUUCGGAAUAAUCAAAGCUGGGGUUUUACAGUCUAAUUAAUAUAGUCUUGUUGCCUGUACUAGUGACCAAUGUAUUCAAGAAUGGCUCACUUUUCUAUAUAGCCAUAUUUUUUAACUAGUUUCUAAAAUGUUUAAUUGGCCUUCACUGUAAGCUGAUAGCCGGUUUUCUUUGUAAACUGCAGUGCUGAAUUAUGCCUUUGUUCUUGUAAUUUCAAAGCCAAUUUCUGUGUGUAAAUUAUGUGUACAAGUGAUAUGAAAGCUGGUUCUUGCUUCUAUUAAUAGUUACUGUACUGCACCCACCGGUCCUGGUUCCCAGCCUCUAACAGAAAAGCCACACCAAGCUUUUCCUUGUGGCAACCUCCAAGUUGACAUUAGGUGGUAAUGGUAAUACAAUUGAAUAUAAAAAAAAACAGAUGACAGAACAUUGAUUGUUACAGCCUGGCGUUUUAUCUACUUGCAUUCUUCCUUUGGAUGCUAGUUGAGUGACAACAGAGCAAGUUACAAGGCAGCUCAAAGAAUGACUGCAGGCUUUUCAGGCACUUCUCACUGCUCCUGGAAUCUAACCAAACUGGCAAGUAACGUUUAAUAGAAUUCAACAUUGAGUAAAUCAUUUAACAGGGUUGGUUAUCAUAACACUGGCAGCUCCUAUUGAAUAGGA